AUGGAGCGUUUCGACUCGAUCUCGGACAAGAUCAUCGCGUGGGCGAACAAGUCGGAGAACGAGCGCGACGGACGGACACUCAUCCAGGUCAUCCGGCUCAUAUUCGAGAAUGCGACGGACGAGGCGACGUGGUCAGAGAUGUACGCGCGGCUGUGCCGGAAGAUGAUGGAACAGAUCAGCCCGAAGAUCCAGGACAAGGGUAUCAAGAAUGUGGAGGGCAGACCCGUUGCGGGUGGUCAGCUCUUCCGCAAGUACCUCCUAAACCGGUGCCAGGAAGAGUUCCAACGCGGUUGGGCCACGAAUGAAAGCACUGACGCCACGGCUGCGUCGGCGAAGGACGAGUCCGGCGAAACCGCUCUGUACUCGGAAGAAUACUACACUGCGCAGAAGGCGAAGCGGCGGGGUCUCGGGCUUAUCAAGUUCGUCGGUGAGCUGUUCAAGCUGCAGAUGCUGAUGGAGCGUAUCAUGCAUGAAUGUGCCAAGAAGCUCCUGGGCAACAUCGACAACCCUGAGGAGGAAGAGAUCGAGAGCGUGUGCGUGCUCUUCACGACCGUCGGGCAAUUGCUCGACACGCCGAAGGCUCGCGCGCACAUGGAUGUCUACUUUUCGCGUAUGAAGGAGCUGACGAAGAACCCGAACGUCAACUCACGUAUGCAGUUCAUGCUUCUCGACGUUAUCGAGUUGCGCGAACGCAAGUGGAUACCGCGUAUCCAGACCGCUGCUCCCACCACAAUCGCUGCUGUCCAUGCCCAAGCCGCGGAGGAGACCGCUGCGAAGGAGAAGGACUACCAGCGCACUCUAAGCAUGUCGCGUAACGGCUCCGGGCGUGGCGGCCACCGUGGUGCGCAGUUGCAGGUCGGCCUGGGUCCCGAUGGCUGGUCCGUUGCCGGCAAUGCCCCUCCGCGUGUGCCCCCAAAGGCGGGCGACCUGUCUAACUUCGGCAAGAUCAGCAAAACCAACGCCAUAACCUUUGGUCCUACGGGUGUGUUUGCGAAUAAGGACUCCGCAUCAUCGAAUAUGUUCUCGAAGUUGACGGAGAACCCAGAGCCCGGAGCAGAGGCUACGACCGCACGACCGAGUUGGCGACCAAACCACGAGGCUUCUGUCGACUUGGGCUCCGAUGGCUCGCCCGAGGCUCCGCCCCAGCGCAGGAAGCUCAACCUGCUCCCACGUACCCUGCCUCAGCGCAACGAGACGCAGGACCUCUCGAUGUCAGAACCAUCGGACUCCACUGCGCCAUCAAUGUCUGAGGAGGAGGCGAAGACCCGCGUUGUCGAGGACUCAAAAGAGUUCUUCAGCGUCCGCGAUCUGGGCGAGGCUGAGGUGUACUUCAGCAAGCUUCCUUCAGAGCACCAAUGGCUGCUCGUCGACAAGCUCGUAACCUCUGCGAUCGAGUCGAAGGACAGUGACGCGCGACUCGUUGCCGACUUUUUCUCUCGGGCGGUAUCGAACAACCUCUGUUCACCGGAGACCUUCGAGAAGGGCUUCACGCCGACCGCGGACAUCCUUGACGACAUUGUAGUUGACGCGCCGAAGGCACUCGACCUGAUGGCGAACAUGAUGAAGGGUGCGCAGCUUGACGAGGAGCGACGGACCAGGCUUGCGAGCAAAUCUAUGGACAGUGAUAAGUCAAUCAGCCUGCUAUCAUAG